UGGCAUGACCCUCCCUGUGCAGGUUGGGACAUUGGGCAGCUGCUGUGGCUUCAGCGUGACAGGGAACUGGUGACAAAAAGCGGCCUGAGCUCAGCUCUUGUCUCCUCAGAGCUGGGACCCUGGUGUCAUUGCCAAAGAGCGAGGGGAGGGCUCUGGUGGAGAUCUGUGUACUCAUGCACGGCAAGGGCCAGGAGGGUGGGCAGUCAGCAGCCCAGAGGGGCAUGGGGGCGAGUCUGAAUUCAGGGAGGGGCCCAGGAAAUGGACCCUUGAAGAAGUGAUGUCACUGAAGAUACGCCCAGUAGAACCUGAACUGUGACCCGGACGGAACCCAGCUCCUGGUCGCAGACCCCAGUCCUGCUCACUUGACCGGAGGCGCUCGACAGAGCAACAUGCGGUCUUGUUGUGCGGAGCCUUCUGAAGGCGUGGGAGUCAGGGAAGCCGAGAGGAAGAGUCUUCCUGCUCGCUGUGGGCGUUGGCUGAGAGACCACCUUCGCCUCUGUCUGUGUGUCCCGAGGAGCCCCGAGCGUGAACCUGAGCCAUCUGUCCAUGGGACUGAGGUCCCCAAGCGCAGGGCUCCCCGGACAGGCGUGAGGAGGAAGGGGAGAAAGCACACGGGACGAGUGGAACCAGCUCCAAACACCAGCCGGAGCGCUCCCGAGGCCACCCUCCCUCCCGAGGACGCUGACCAGCCCACCACGGGCCAGCGGCUCCCCCGGUCACAGCCGGGAAGCAUCACGGGUGAUACCCUCACGGCCUCCUCAUGUAAUGGGGGGCAUGACAAGGGGCCAGAGGAGGAUCUGAGAAAGCCUUACCCCAGCUGCAGGAUGGGACAGGCUAGGCGCCCUGCCUGGGAGCCCGAGCAUGUGCCCUGCGCCAUCGAUGCCAGCCAGCUUUCAUCCACCCUGGAGGGCCAAGUCCUCCACCACUUGGUCCAGGAGGAGCACCUGGGGCCCACGGUGGCAGAGCUGGAAGAACCACGGCAGACGCAGCUGGCUCCAGAGACACGGGGAGGGCCGGUUUCGUCGCCUGAGCCGGUCCAGGAGCUCCCUGAGACCCCUGUGCUGGAGCGACGGCCGGUGUCACCUGCUUCCGCCCCUGCAGAGCCGGAGGAUGUCCCAGCAGUGGCCUCAGCCCAGGGGCCAGGCCCUGAGCUGGAGCCCCAUGAGCCCUCGGGCCUGGGGCCCAGGGCACUUGCUGGAAUGGCACCAGGUGUGGCAGAGCCAGGUCCAGGUCCAGAGCCCACCGGCCCCUGUGCUGCGAGCCCCUGGGACAUCCCAGGACUGGUCUCAGGCCCCGAGCUGGAGCCCCGUGAGUCCUCGGGUGCGGGGCCCGUGUCACCUGCAGGAAUGGCACAGGGCCUGGCAGAGCCAGAGGUGGUCCUGGAGCCCACCAGCCCCUGUGCCGUGAGCACCCGGGAUUUGCCGAGGGAGAGGGUGCGGACCAUCCUGGCGUUUGCCCCACGCCUGGUGGCCGAGCAGCUGACCCUGAUGUGUGCGGAGCUGUACAGUAGGGUUGAAUGUGGUGAAUGCAAGGUCUACGUAGAGAGACAACCACUGAGGGAAGCCAUUGUGCUCCUGGCCCCCAACAUCCUUAACGUCAUCAGGCAGUUUGGUACCACGUUUCAUUGGGUCAUCUCCUCCUGCCUGAGGGCCCCGAGCAGGAUGGCCCAGGACAGGGCCCGAGUGGUGGAAUUCUGGAUCCAGGUGGCCAAGGAGUGUCUGGCUCUCAGAAAUUUCGAGUCCUUCCGUGCCAUCAUCUUCGCCCUGCAGCGCCCUCCUGUACGUCGCCUGGAGAGCACCUGGGCACAUGUUUCCUGGAAGAGCUCCUGGAUCUACAAAAAACUUAAAAAGAGGAACAAGGGGCUUAAAGGGAAGCAGCUCCUCAAGGAGGCGAGGGCCAUGUUGAGGCGAUGGCCGCCGUCCCCCAGGGCAUCCCAGGAUAUGAAGACGCAGGGCAUGAUCCCGCCGCUCGGACUGAUCCUGUACGAAGCCUUAGAGAAACAACAGGAACAUCAUGUGGACGUCACUGACUUCCUAGAGGAGAUCGUCAUAUACAGGUUCCUGGCCAGGCAGUAUGACCUGGAGCCCAAGGAGCACUUCCUGUCCUUUUUCCAGAGACUGAAGCUCCUGCGUGAGGAGCAGAGCUACGGCCUGUCCUACCACCUGGAGCCCCCAGGUCAGAGGGCAGGCAGAAAAGGACUGUUAAAGUUCUUCAGGUCCCUCAAGAUUUAAACUUACGGGCCAGGGCCAGCUGCUGUCAUCGGGCCCGCGGCCCUGCUGGUGUCCUGGCUGCAUGUGGAGGAGAGCUGCUUCCCCUCCGGGCAGGCGGCCCCUGGCGCCCCAGGACCCCAGUCUGCUUGCUGCUCCUCUUCCUCCCGCUGCUCAUCC